AUGGCCACUUCCACCAGUGAAGAGCAGACCGAUGAGAAGCUUCAAGGCUACCUUGGGCUUGAAUUGCACUUGAUCAGAUAUGACGACCUAUGGAGCGUUCUUGAUGUAAACAGAAUGUGUGCCACGAACGAGGAUGUGGUGCAAGGCUUGAGUGAUAAGGUGAACCAUUUGAUUAUUGGCAAUGGCAAAAAUGACGGGGUGAAUGGCGCCUUUGGCCACCAGAUACGCUUCAAGGAGAAGCAGCCAGAUGCCAAGAUGAUCAUGGACAAGCCAGGUGUCUACUUCUUAGUACUUUCCAAUUGUGGGAACUUCGAUACGGCCACUGUCAGUGGGGAGGUCAUCGUAAAGAAUUCCCACGGCUACUUGCCGGCCAAUGAGUACGGCAAGAUGCCCUUCUAUGCGAUUAUGACGGCCUGUACAGUGGUGGUUUUCCUUCUUUGGGCCCUAUUAUGUGUCAGAUGGUGGAAGGUGCUCUUCAACAUCCACCUCAUAAUAGGGGCUUUGGCCCUUCUGAGUAUUCUAGAAAGCAUUGGCUGGUUUAUCCAUCUCUUCACCUGGAAUGAAUCAGGAGUUGACAACAAAGCCAUCUUUUUCAUCGCCAUUUUCCUGUCAGUCUCAAGGAGCACGCUCUCAUAUAUGCUGGUAUUAUCAGCCUGCUUGGGAUGGGGAGUUACAAAGCCUGUUCUCGAUGGUGGAACGAUUUGCAGAAUGGUAUCACUGUCGCUGGUGUAUAUUGCCCUGAAUGUGGUUCGAGAAGUUGUGCUGGCUGACAGGCACCAGCAAACUGUGCCAGUUGCUUUUGUCAUCCUUUGCCUUUUGCCCGUGCCUCUGAUGAAUGGAGGGAUUUUCUAUUGGAUCUUUGCCGCCUUAUCAAACCUCAUGGAGACCCUUGAAGCGCAGGGCCAGACUGCGAAACUGAGCCUUUUCCAACAGCUCUGGUGGGUGCUUGUCUCUGGCAUUGUCUUCGCCUUUGCCGUCCUCUUGGCACAGAUUUUCAUCGUCGCGAAUGACACGUCCAGUUGGCAGUAUCAAUGGCUGGUGCAGGAUUGCGCGCCACAGACAGGAUUUCUGAUCGUGUUGAUUGCUGUGAUGUACUUGUGGUGUCCAAAUGAAGACACCCAGAGAUUCGCAUACUCUGCGCAGCUGGAAGGGGAGCUCGACAACCUUGAUGAGCAUAUCGAGAAGGCCGAGGUUCUAUCAGCUGAUGAGAAAGAGGUAGACGUGAUUGGUGCCAGAAGUUGA